AUGGAUCCUGCACUCAAUCCAGAUACUCCUCCGCCCCCGCCUCCGAAGCCAAGUAGCCAUGAAACAAGUCGAAGGGGGACACCGCAGCUCAAUCAGUCCAUACCAGGCACGCCGCAGCAGCAAUUUCGAGGGUAUUAUCAAGCUCAGGAAGGGAAAAAUGGAGAAAACAGAUAUCAGUCCCCUUCCAUGACUGAAGCGGUCCAUGCCAACAACAUCAACUCUCUUCCGAAGCCUCCAGCAGUGGAAGAAGGCUGGCUACCAGACGUUGUGAAAGACAAAUCGACCGUUGAUCUGCAAGCAAUUCUGAAAGACCCCAAUCUUAUCUCCGCUCUAGCAAGUCAACACCCGGCGUGCACAGCCCAACAACAAAACCUCCAGUCUCUCCUCAAAUACAAUCAGGAUCUGACCAAACAUCUUCUUGAACUGCAAGCGCGCCUGGAUGAACAGCGCGCUUCUACGGAGACGCUUCUUCUGAAACACCAGUCGCUAGAAGUUUCAUGGAGAAAGAAACAAUCAGAAAUGGAUGCUGCCUUGGCGCCUUGGUCGCCCAAGGCUCUUUACCAACGGCUAUCAGCCUCUAUUUCCGAGCAAGAGGCUGUUUGUCGAGCGGUGGAGGAAAGCUUCCUCGAAGAAGAGCAUCAUGGGCGAGCGACUGAAAAGGAGGUCGCAGAUUGGGUCAGACGAGUACGAGCUGAGGCUGCCAAGUUGGCAGCAAGAAGAGAAGCAAAGGCUAGAUGGGACGAAGGCAGAGUUGGUGGAUGGAGAUGA